AUGUCUCUCGUCGCUAUGGAUGUAGAAUCCGACGCCUUCGAGGUCGAGCCGCCAUCUACAAUCACGAGGACCACCUCGUGGGCUUCGAUGCCGGCUGAAGUACGCCAAUUAAUACUUGGCUUUGUGUGCUUGCCUAAGCCAUGGGAGCAAUGCAACGGCCUGGGCUUCCCAAAAGUGGCCCGAUUCGCUUCGGUGUGCUUGGAAUGGCAAGCCUUCUUUGAGGCCCGUCUAUUCCGGCGCCUUGUUCUUAAUCCCGACUCUGUCGACGCUUUUGACGCAAUCGUCAGACGAGAUGGCGUUCGUUUGAGGUAUAUCCAGAAGCUCUGGCUUCGAGUCGAUCUCUCAAACUACGAGUGCCCCAAUUGCGAUAGAUCAGAGGACUUGGUAACACAGCGUGGCAACAACAUGAUAUUCUCAACAUGUAUUCAGACCCUACUCGGAACCCUCCAACUCUGGAAUCCGGCGAGGCAUGGGGCUCAAGGAGUGGAACUGAUGUUGUCUGCUUCCUCGCCCAGCGAUACAAAGCAUCGGUUUAAUCGAUGCGACAUGAAGGAUAAUUAUCCAUUUCACUACGCCGAAGACCUAGACCUUGCGGGUGGUAUUGUGGACUUCCACCGGACGAAUAAGGGGGGCUCGAUUGGCCUUCUUCAUCUCAACAGAUUUCUGCCGUCGAGUAAUAAGCAUAUCAACCGGUUUCAGGGAACUCCGCUCUGUUUGCAACCACAAAAUGGUAAUCUAGGCCGUUUUACCAGUCAAUCCAAGGAUCUUCCUGCCGUCCCCAUGAUCAAAGGUCUGGUUAUGCGCAGACAGUUUCCCAGGGACAUUAACGUCAGGACGCUGUCAUGGUUAAUUGGCCGAAGCUUUGUGGCCUUGGAGUGGUUCCGCUUCGAACGAACUAUUUCGCUGGAGCCUCAUGUGCAACUUUACUUUGAUCGAGGUAUGGAGCGCAGACCAAUAGCUAUGGCGAGCGUCCGACAGCACUUACUGCCCUCCUUGCCAAAAACACUACGCCAGCUCUCCUUCACACAAUGGGAAAUCCCCGCAAAUGAGCGCAGAUACGUAGCAAAAACCCUCGGAACCGAGAUCUCUCCACAUGCUCUGGCCUAUUUGCCUCAAGAGAUGGCGAAGCUUUCUCAGAGAUUAGAAGCAUUAUGCCCACCAUGGCAGAUGGACACAGCUUCCUUUCUUCGGUCUAUUGUUGAACUAAAUGUCUCGCCUAUGAUGGUUGAAAGCUCCCUAAAACGCCUUAGUCUGCGCUGUACCCUAUCGACACCAGAAAGAAGCAGACAAGAGUUUGAAACGCUGAUAAUCCUCGCGGCCAAAGCGGCUUUGUCACUUCCUCAACUGAAAAUCAUCGAGCUUUGGGGUAUCUGCCGUGCCAAAGAGGAAAGCUGCGCAUACGUCUUCCGAUACUGUUAUGAAGAUGGUCGACCCAGGAUUGUCUGGAGAAGCUCUGGAGCGGCUAUGGGAGCUCGAAAACGGAUCAUCGCUGAGUGGAGUGAAGUGGCUCAGAAACAAUCGCAUUCAGCUCUCGCAUACGACGUCGUCCCCUUCGGAGAGAGCAGCAUGAAAAUAUUCAAGUCUCGCGGGACUUGCAUAUAUCGACAUCUGCUGCUCAAAGAUUUAAUGUUUGACCCGAUCACGCAGAAAAUCCUGGAGAACGAGCCUUACGGCUGGAUGUUGGAUGAGGAGAGUGAUGCAUCGCAGCAAGGUGCUCCUCUCGAUUUUCUCCAGAAUCAUCAAUGGUAG